AUGACUAUCUUUUUUCUCCUAAUGAGCGGCGUUCUUUUCGCCUUAGCGUUUGUCUUCUGGAAAAAACGGCGGCAGAGAAACAUUGGUAAAAUGUCAUCAAAUUUGACUGCACUUGCACGAGCAAGACCAACCUCUCCUGGGUCAAGUAACAGCAACACUGAGAAGAGUCUUUCAGUCAACAGGCUCUCUCUGGAUAUCUUACAUAAUAAUUUCCCGCACUCAAUAGCUAUGCAGAAGCGAAUACUGGUAAACCUCAGGAUUGUGGAAUACAAGCUGGCUGAACUGGAACAUUUCCUAGUUACCAAGGGUUUAAACGGUGCAUUAGUUAACAGGAAAUCCACUGAAAAGCACACAUAA